AUGCUAGACAAACGUUUGGAGGGCGUUCGCAACGAGCCAGCCCCUGGAAUAGGCUAUUUCUCCCCCUAUCAAAACCCCAAGGCCGGCACCGCCGCAGAUCCCCAAUCCGAUGGCACAAAGCCACCCAAGUUGUUCCAACCGCUGAAAUUGCGCGGCUUGACGCUGCAGAAUCGCAUCGGGCUAUCCCCCCUCUGCCAAUAUUCCGCCGACGAUGGCCACAUUACAGACUGGCAUAUGGCCCAUCUGGGUGGCAUCUCGCUUCGAGGGCCAGGGUUCAUACUAAUGGAGGCUACUGCAGUGCUUCCAGAAGGAAGAAUAUCACCCGAGGAUGCCGGCUUGUGGAAAGAUUCUCAGAUUGAGCCCCUGAGGCGACUCACGGAAUUUAUCCACAGCCAGAACCAGGUGAUUGGCAUACAGCUCGCCCACGCUGGCCGGAAAGCGAGCACUCUGGCCCCGUUCCUUGCGACUGGCGAUAUUGCUGUGGAAGCAGCUGGCGGCUGGCCGGAUAAUAUCAAAGGCCCGAGUGACAUUCCGUACUCUGCACGACUGGGUCAGCCAAAAGCUAUGGCCAAGGCAGACAUCGAAGAGGUGAAACAAGCCUGGGGCGCUUCAGUGCGGCGCGCAGUAGCCGCUGGGAUGGACUUCAUUGAAAUCCACAACGCGCACGGCUAUCUCCUGUACUCUUUUUUGUCACCUGUUUCCAACAACCGCACCGACGAAUAUGGCGGAAGCUUUGAAAACCGCAUGCGCUUGACCAACGAAAUCGUCGAUAUCUGCCGUCAGAAUAUGCCCGAGGAUAUGCCGCUGUUUUUGCGAUUUUCCGCAAGCGACUGGCUGGAAGAGUCCCGCCCAGAUCUACCCAGCUGGAAACUGGAGGAUUCUAUUCGCUUUUCGCAAGUGCUUGCAGAAAAAGGGCAAGUGGAUUUUCUCGAUGUGAGCUCGGGCGGCAACCAUCCCGAUCAAAGGAUUGCGCUGGGUCCAUCGUUCCAGGCGCAUUUUGCUAUCGCGAUAAAGAAAACGGUUGGAGAUCGAAUUGCCGUUGGUACUGUUGGGGGCAUUACAAAUGGCAAUCAGGCUAAUGAUCUGCUUGAGAAAGACGGAUUAGAUAGUGUACUGAUAGGCAGACUCUUUAUGAAAAACCCCGCGGCGGUAUGGACCUUUGCAGAGGAUCUGGGCGUCGAUUUCAAGAUUGCCAAUCAGAUUGGAUGGGCUUUUGCAACACGGGGAUCAACAGGCUUUCUGAAACUCAAAGGCAAAGUGCACAAAAUUUAG